UAUACAGGCAGAUUUAUUUGCAAGGAAAAAAAGAGGAAAAGUGAAUGAAUUCGUUGUAAAAUUUUCAUAAAUUAUCCACAAUAUACUAAAAAAAGUUUACGAAAACUAAAUAAUUUGCAAAAACAUACAAUGGGGUUUGCAAUAAACCAAUAAAAACGCGAAUGCAAACCGUGCGAAACCAAAAAAAAACAAAUCUUAACUAUUGCCAGGCAAAACAGUAGCUGUGAAAAACGACGGCUAGAAAAAGGAGAAAAAUUCUACGCCGAAAAGGCAGACUAACUGAGAGAAGAAGCACAUAUCUUCUGGUCAUCGGCGCUGUUUGGAGGACUGGAUUUUUCCAAAACAACUUUGCCAAAUGAGUGGAAAUAUGUGUGAUAUUUGUUCUGAUUUCCAGCAAUUAUUGGAGUCGUAUGAGACACGAAUAACCAGCAAUGAUGCCAAACAUUCGAUCAUUUAUAAAAGUGAAAUUGAAACAGCAUUUGGUUACAUACAGGCAUGGCCUCAAAGGCAAUGCAUGUGUCUAUAUCGAGACACGAAAAAUUUCGAACGUUUCAAUUUACUGAUACAAUCGAUGAUCUGCUUAGCGGUCCAUCAUUUGAAACACAUUAAACGUUUAAUUGAGGACUAUAGAAAAAUUACAGCUCAUGCGGCUGCUACACAAGCCCCAGCACAGACUCAAUCAUCAGCCGGUAACUGCGCCAAUGCAGAAGGCCAACCAUCCAAGGAGGAUGAAAAAACAACUACCACAACAACGAAAGAAGAAAAUAAAGAUGAAGACAAAAAAGAUGCUGGUAGUACACAGAAGAAAAUAGAAUCAGAUCCAGCAAAGGACGAAAAACUUAAUAAAAAGUCGGGUAGCAGCUCCACAGACGAUGAAAAACCACAGCCAACAAACCCCACAGAAGCUGUAACAUCGAAAACAUCGGAUGAUUCAACGCAGCAGUCAUCGAUUGUGUCGUCUGGUGGUGAUAAAGCCGCAUCCGCAUCACAACCAUCAUCAUCAUUGUCACCAUCCUCUUCAACAGUAUCCCAACACACCGAAGAGCCUUGGAUAUUACCCGAAGUCGAAAAAUUGCUACUCUUGGUAUCCAAGAUCUUUUUGCUCAAUUUUCCACUAUACAUUGCGUAUAAACACAGUACCCAUGCUCGUCUGGACGAUAUAUCGGCCGAAGAGGCACAACAUUUGGCCAUAUUUUGUGAUCUACAUGACAAUGAAAUACCCGUUCACUUGUUGCGAAACACAACAUUAUUUUGUAACUCGAAUGGCUUUGCAGCCAUGAAGUUGUGCUUCGAUCAACCUGAUUUGCCGGUAACAACGGCCCAUGCCAUUACGGCCACAGUGUCGAAUAUAAAGUUAUGGUUACACUACGGUUGCAUUGUACAAUUGUAUGUACCGCUGAGAAGUAAAAUAUUACAAUACAUGUGUAAGCUGUCCGAUCAAAAUCUAAGGACAGCUGCCACCAGGGCAAUGGCUGAUUUUGUGUGGUCAGCUGUGCGAGAUCCCUUGGAUGCAUCGGUUAGUUUUGACGUUGAGGGUUUGGCGUUGGCAUUUAAAUAUUUCACUUCAACCACGUUGACAAUGAGAUUGGCUGGCAUCACACAAAUCAAUGCUCACAUCAAUAUUUUUGGGGAGAUCGAAACGGUUGGUGAAUUUGAGGUUGUGGCCCAAAAGAUUGCAAACUGGUUAACUGAAAAUCAAAUAAUUCAGCAUUUAUUUGGUCCCAAUUUGCAUGUGGAAGUUUUGAAACAGGCCCACAUUGUUUUGAAUUUUUUGGCUGUGGAAAAUCAAAUUACCGAAGAACACAUCAAACUUAUUUGGCAGGCUACACAACAGCUAAAACACUGCUCCAAGGCAAUUUUCGAUAUUCUGCCAUCGCUGGUAAAGAAUUUAGCUCCAAAACCUGCAAUGUAUUUGUAUACUCUGUUGUGUCGCAUGGAUCCCAAGGAACACACAGAACAAAGUAUUUAUAUUGCCUCGGCUCUGACCAAACUUAUAUGGUCCAGGGACUCGGCUCAAUUGAGUUUGGAAGAAGAACUAAUGGCGGCUAAUGCCACAGCAACUAGUUCAGAUAGCGGCAGCAUGGAUGGAAGUAAUUCAGAUGAAGGUAAUGGCGAUGACAGCAGUCUGGCUAGUGCCCGAAAAAGUCCCAUAGAUAUUGAGAAUGUAUGCUCCUCGGAUACGGGUGUAACACCCUGCAAACAGGCCAGACGCAGGCGUCAAAUGCCCAUAAUACCGUUGGGAAAAUUCGGAAAAGUUAUUAAUGAGGGUGAUAUAAAAAUCAUUAAACCCACCACAGAUAUGAAAAUGAAAAAUCAUCGAAUUGUAAAUAUCAUCGACAAUUCCAGCAGUGAAGAUGACAUGACCCAGGGAUCGCUGAACAUAACACUGCAUCGAAAAAAAUCGCGCAAAAGAACCCGCAAAAAUAACAGUAAUAUGCCCCUGACACGAUUGGCCUACGAAAUUGUUGAAGCCAUUUGUGAUGGCGGUGAAGAUGAAGCGUCAAGUGAUGAUGGCGACGACGGUGAUGACCCGGAAGCUGAACUUCUGAAUGAUAGUGAUGAUUGUAGUGAUACUGGACAAGUGUCGGGUGCUGUUUUGACCCAUUUACAUGGUGGAGGUCAAUAUAUUAGAGCUAUAGCAGAGACUCAUAUCAGCGAGCUGUUGAGUGGAGCUGAAAACGAGGGAAGCUAUUCAUCACCAAUGAGUAAUAAAUCCGAGAAGAAUUUGGCAGAUUUUGAUGAUGAAGAUGUUUCGCCAUGCGAGGAAGAGAUUGCCCAAUUGGUGAGUUCUCAUGCCCAGAGGGUUUCUCAUAAUUGCAUGCCACCAGCCUUAGCUGCAGCAGCAGCGGCAAUGGCUGCGGCCCACACAGCAAUGUCAAUGCAAAAAAAUGAUGCAAAUGUAGCGGCGGCAGCAGCAGCUGUGGCAGUGGCAGCAGUUGCCACUGGCAAUGCCCAACAAUCGUUGUUGGCAAUGCAACAGCAAGCAAAUGCUGCCGCAAUGGCCAAAGCGGUGACAGCCGGUCUCAAUUCAAAUGCUUCAGCAAGCAAACAUGGUAAUGACACAGAAAUGGACAAGGAAUGUAAUAAAGCUGCGACUUCAUCCAUAUCACCGCAACAACCAACAUUUAAAAUCAAUGAUGUCUGUCAGCCGGGUAAUACUUUGUUAUGGGAUUUAUUACAGGAUGAUAAAAUUGGACAGCUUGGCGAAUCAUUGGCUCUGGAGGCAGAAAAGGCACUAGCCACAUUGUUAUGCUUUAGCAAUGAUCGUCAUUUGCGCACGAAAUUUAUUGAAGGUUGUCUACAAAAUCUUGCCAAUAAUCGCAGUGUUAUUGUCUCGCUACGUUUGCUACCCAAGUUAUUUGCAUCAUUCCAACAAUUUCGUCCAUCCGAUACCCAUCAUGUUACAAUGUGGGCUGAACGUCAGCAUCGCAUGAUGUAUCAUUUCUUUAACAAUAUUAAAUAUUAUGCCAAAAGGCAUAUGGAAUAUUUGGUAGCCAAGGCAGCGGGUGAACAGCAACAGCAAACGGCAAAUGAAUUGUCCCUAUACUCGCACAAGACACAGGUGUCAGUACGUCUACAGUUUUUGUCAUCGAUAUUUUCUUCGAUGGGUUCGCCAAAGACUUUCAGAUUAAGUCUAGAACAAGUGGACGCCCUAUGGGAAUGGCUGGCCCAUGAUGUGGACUGUUCGGAUUGCUAUUUCUCUUGGCUGCAAAGUCAAGCCAAGGGAGGAGAUCAGCAUGCCUUAGGAUUGGAUGCAUUGCAACAUUUAUAUUUAAAAAAAUUGCCUGAACUGAGACCAGAAGACUUUUCCAUGGUUGCUUUGGGCCUAUUUCAGCAAUUGUGUAGUUUAGCUCGCAUGGCCAUAGCACAUUAUGAAAAGCAAAUGGAUGCAAUUUCCACAAACUCAUCAAAUAUUGUGGGUAUGUUUCAUCUCUGGAAGAUUGCAUUGAGGGCCCAUACUUCGGAAGUGUCGCUGGCCGCCAUUCAAUACAUAAAUAUGUAUUACAUGGGCCAGCAAUUGCGACUGGAAAAGGAAUUUGUAUCACAAUGCAUGGAACAUCUGACACAGGCUGCCAACGCAUUGGAAUGCAACAAUGAAGAUGAGAAUGCCCUGAUGUGUGUCCAGCGUGGUUUAAUGUUAUUAAACACCCAUUUAGAUACUUUCCGACGACGUUACGCAUUUCAUUUACGACGUUGGGCCAUUGAAGGACAGGGCAUUGGUUCACAUAGUAAUCUCAAGAAUGAAGGCUCAGGACCCGCCAUACGUAUAAUACUACAGCCAGCGGGGCUGUCGGAAAAGUCAAUAUUACACAUGCAUGCUUGUGACUUAAUUGCUGACUUAAAGGCAGAAAUAUCGAAAUGGUGGGAAAAUCUACAGGGUACUUCCAAUUCUGGAGUAUCUGCCCCCGUUUUGGGCCUCCUUUUAAGUGAAGGGCCAUUACGGAUAAUAACACAAGGCCAGGAGCUAUCAUCGGAGUAUGAUGAAAGGUCAUUGGGAGAUGCAGGUUUUAAGGAUAACCAGAUUGUUUAUGUAUCGCUGGGAGGACGAGGAGCCCGACGCAAAGAAACGAAUAUCGAUCAUCCAUCAAUGCAACCGCCACCACCCAAAGAAUGUUUACCCACAGUAUUAUUGCUACAACCGAAAUAUUUCGAAAAGCUCUUCUCGUUGAUGCAAACUUUGGGCGAUAUGAAACCCCAACCGAAUAAUUUGCAAUUGCAUACCAAGGCACAGAUAUUAUCACGACGUGUAUGGGAUAUUUUGGCUAUAUUACCGACAAAUCCCACAAUUCUAGAUGCAUUCAAAGGUUUGGCCAGUGAUCUGACGGAAUGUGACCAGUACGCGAAUGGUCAGGAACAGGAGAAAGAAAACAAACAUAAAGAAAUCAAACAAAAAUUAUGUGAACUAUUGGACCCAAUUAAUUUACAAAAAUUUAUGUAUUCACUACAUAUUGUGGAGAGUUUGGCAUUGCAUAGUGUAUUUCAGCAACGUGGUGGUGCACCAUGUUGUGGGGGAAUAAAUGGUAAUAUUAUCAGUGUUGAAUCGGGUCGCGGCAGUGCUGGUAGUACGGCAGCAAAAUCUAAGAAAGCCAGUAGCAGUUGUGCAGGUACGUGUUCCGGAAGUGGCAGUGGAAGUGGUAGCUGUCCUGGCAGUGCUGGCGGCAGUGUAUCAUCCGGAGCCAGAAGACGUGACAGCAUCGAAAGUCCCCAGAGCAGUAAUAAUAACAAAGACCACGAAGAAGAUUCUUCCAAGCCCAUUAGUAGUGAUGAAAGGGAUAAAGAAUUUUCCGCGGACAUGGGAAAGGAAGGAAAUUCAACAAUGAUUUCUAUGGAUACACCAGAAAGUGAGCAACACACUUCAGCUAACAAUGCAACCACAAGUGAUAAGGAGCCCAGUAGUCCCCUCAAACACAUGGCAAAAAAGGCAAAGAAAUCGGAAUGUUCUGCAUCAACGCAAAUGGACACAUCCACAACGACCGACAAUAAAUGGAGUGAAAUUUUUAUACGUAGUGGCGGCUUAAAACAUCUUUAUGAUAUCUUCAUAUCGGGCCAAUUACAACAAAGCUCCUAUCCCAAAGAAUUGUUAAAUGAAUGGCGACACGAUUGUUUGGCCAGUCUCUUGCGCAUUUUAUGGCUGUUGGGAUUCGAAGAGGAUUAUCACGAGGAUAUGCUGGUGUCCAUUUCAAAGCCCAAAGAGUUCAUGUUGGAAAUGAUGUCAGUAGAUUCUUGCUUAAGGCGUCUUUCUUCCAUAUUGAAUGAUGAAGCCUAUAGCAAUUAUUUAGCCACCACUUCAAGCUAUCAAUAUCACCAUUUGAGAACUGGAUUUUGGGGUCGAGCCCAAGUUGUACAGUUUGCUAUGAACAUCAUGGUCAGUUUUGUUCAUGCCUCUGUUGAGGCUAGACGAUCGUUGUGGGCUCAUGCCGAGUACUGUAACUGGGUGCAGAAAUUCAUUUUGGAAGAUCCGGAACCGGCAGUUAGGCGAGAAAUUUGUGCCGGUCUAUAUCGCAUAUGUUUGGGUAAUUCUCAAAGCUAUCAGCAGCUGUUGGCACCAUUGCUGAGGAAAUUGAUUUCGUUUUUGCCCGUGGCAGAAAAAAUGACCUCUUACAAUCACCACAAUCCCUAUAUGUUGACGGAUGAUGGCAAGGAGCCUUAUGGUCCGGCUUGUCGUGAUUAUUUUUGGUUAUUGGCCCGAUUGGUUGAUACUCUAUCACCGGAAAUGGUUAAAUCUUCUCUGGAGUCAUCUGCCUACAAUGAAGAUGCCAUUGAUGUUGAAAAGCUAUGCCAGUCGGUGGCACAGAGUAUACUCACGCGUGAGUUCUAUGAAACCCGUUACGGAAUGCAGGACGAUGGCUUGGUUGGUCUAAUCAAUCUCAUGUCGAAUUUAGUAAAAUAUGAUCCCACCUUUAAGUUCAGUUCCCAGGCUGUACAAUUCAUAGAGAAGAUAUUUGAAUUUUUAUUUGAUAUGCCCUCGCCAAAUAAUCGUCAAAAACCCAAAUGCAAAUCGGCCACAUCGAGAGCAGCGGCCUAUGAUCUUUUGGUGGAAUUGUGUAAGAAUUGUCCGAAAAAUUACACAUUUUUGCAUCAGAAGCUGUUGGCGCAACAUACGCCCGGACCAAUGCCACCAUAUCCAUGGGACUAUUGGCCACGCGAUGAAGGACGUUCGGAGUGCGGCUAUGUGGGUCUGACAAAUUUGGGUGCCACUUGCUAUAUGGCUUCCUGUAUACAACAUCUCUAUAUGAUGCCACAGGCCAGAGCUGCUGUUCUUCGAGUCCCACCAGGCAAGGCCCAAAAACAUGCACCCACCCUGCGUGAACUACAACGCAUGUUUGCAUAUCUCUUGGAAUCUGAACGCAAAGCCUAUAAUCCACGAUCCUUUUGUCGUGUCUACCAAAUGGAUCACCAGCCACUGAAUACGGGCGAACAAAAGGAUAUGGCUGAAUUUUUUAUUGAUCUUGUCUCGAAACUGGAAGAAAUGACUCCUGACCUUAAGGAUUUAGUCAAACGUCUAUUUUGUGGUACUUUAAGUAACAAUGUCGUCUCAUUGGACUGUGAUCAUGUCUCUAGGACAGCUGAAGAAUUCUAUACGGUACGUUGCCAAGUAGCUGAUAUGCGUAACUUGCAGGAAUCCUUAGAUGAGGUGACUGUCAAAGACACAUUGGAGGGUGAUAAUAUGUAUACAUGUUCGCAAUGUGGCAAAAAAGUUAGGGCUGAGAAGAGGGCAUGUUUUAAGAAAUUGCCACAGAUUUUGUGUUUCAACACGAUGCGUUAUACCUUUAAUAUGGUGACAAUGCUGAAGGAGAAGGUUAAUACACAUUUUUCAUUUCCCAUGCGUUUGAAUAUGUCGGAUUAUGUGGAGAAAACUCUAAUGCCACAUCAAUAUAAAGAGGAUCGUGAAAAACGAAAAGCAGAAAAAGGAGGAAAUGCUAAUGAUUUGGAGGAUGACUUAGAAGAAUGUUUAGAAUAUGAACUUGUGGGGGUCACUGUACAUACCGGCACUGCUGAUGGUGGCCACUAUUAUAGUUUCAUCAAGGAGCGCAAUAAGUCUGCAAUGCAACAUGAUCGUUGGUUCCUUUUCAAUGAUGCUGAAGUCAAGCCCUUCGAUCCUUCACAAAUUGCAGCUGAAUGUUUUGGUGGAGAAAUGACGAGCAAAACUUAUGAUUCCGUGACAGAAAAAUAUUUAGAUUUUAGUUUUGAAAAGACUAAUUCGGCCUAUAUGUUGUUCUAUGAGCGAAGAUUGCCUGAACACCUCAAAGAAAAACAUGCCCAUCUCUUGGCUUCGCCACCAAUGACAAUAAGUCCAAAGAUGAAAAACGAAACGUCAACGGAUGAAGGUUCAAAGGAAAAAGAAAAUGUUUCACCAAUUGAAGGAAAAGAAAUGAAAGAUUCACCGGAAGGCAAAUGUGAUAAUAAAAGUAAAAGCCCCGAAGAAAAGGCAACUGAUAAACCGACCACAGAAACAGAGAUACCAUCCACAUCAACGGGAUCCACAUCAUCGUCAUCCAAUGUUGCUGCAAUAACGCCCACAUCCAGCAGCUUGGCAAAUAAAGCAACUGAUCAUUUUAUAAGACCACAAUUAAGUAAGGAACUGGAAGACUGGAUAUGGCAGGAUAAUAGACAAUUUUUACAAGAUCGCAACAUAUUUGAACAUACCUACUUUAAUUUCAUGUGGCAAAUUUGUGGCCAUAUCCCACAAACCUUGAUAUCUCAGCAAGAUGUCACUUGCAUGGCUGCUAAGCUGUCCGUAUCGUUUUUUAUUGAAACAUUUAUACAUGCCAAAGAAAAGCCAACUAUGGUACCAUGGGUGGAACUUUUGACAAAACAAUUCAAUGCCAGCCAGGAGGCUUGUGAAUGGUUUUUGACCCAUAUGUCAAUGGAACCAUGGUGGCCAGUACAAGUUUUAAUUCAAUGUCCCAAUCAAAUGGUUCGCCAGAUGUUUCAACGUUUGGUCAUACAUGUUAUUCAAAGACUGCGAGCCUCACAUUGCCAUCUUUAUUUGAAAACCGAAUCGGAUGUCGAUGACAAGGAGGUCAUUGGAACAGCUUCAUGUGUUACUCGUUUCAUAAGUUCAUUGACCAUACUAAUGGAACAUGGUGCUAAAGCCCAUUUACGCAAUCUUUCCGAGUUCUUUGGCUUGCUAUUCGAAUUUUCACGCAUGGGCGAUGAGGAAACUUUGUUUCUGUUACGCAUUGGUGUUAUAAAAAGUGUGGCCGAUUUCUAUUUGGGCAAUAAGACUCAUGAACUUGAAGUUGGUUCGGAUAACGAUGAUAAUUCCUCGGAUGAGGCAUUAUCGGUGGAUAAGACAAGGCCAGCUUCAUUGGAUAAAAUGAUUGCCUUGGUGGCAAGCUUAGUUGAACGAUCGAGGGGAGCAGAUUUGCGUUUGAAAUUGUCGCCCAAGGACUAUAACGCCAUUGCAGGCGGCAAGGGUUUCCCGUUUUUGUAUCAACAAAUUAAAGAUAACAUAAAUCCUCAUCAAACAAGGCAUUUAAUACAUGCUCUCUGUCGCUGGGACGAGCGUUUGGCCAAUCAAAUCAUAACCAUGUUGUUUACAUCUGUAACCAAGCACACUGAAUUGUGUGGUCCUUUCUUUAAGCUAUUGACAUUGUUGACAGAAACUCAGGGUGGACCCUCAGGCCUGCCAUGUUUUUCUCAAUUAGUUUUGCAGCGGGUUUGGGAUGCUGCCGAAUACUGUCCACAGUCGGCAUUGGAUUGGCUGGCUUUUCAAGCACCCAAAAAUAAAAUAGCACAUGCCUGGAUCUUACAAUCGGCCGAUACAUGGGUGGAGCAAUAUUUGCUUGCCCAUCACAAUUCAAGAGUUCGUAAUGCUGCUGCAUAUUUACUGGUCUCACUGGUACCAUCACAGCCAUUUAGGGCUAACUUUCGCAUACAUUCACUGCACAAAUUAUCAUCGUCUUCAUCAUCUCAUGUUUAUCGUGAACUUAACAACGAUGCUCAAAUAAUUCUACACAAUAUCAUUAAUUUGCUGUUACGUUUAUUGCGGCCAGCAAGAGCAUACGCCGAUAUUGGCGUUCAUGGUACAACAAAAUUAACUUCUUACUUUAGCCUUUUAGCAUAUUGUAUGGCAUCUAAGACUGAAAAACUUAUGAUGGGUCCUUACAUGCGUGCUUUGUGGGAUCUAUUUCAUCCACGUUUGUCAGAGCCAAGUGUACCAGCUCAUCACAAUAAACACGCUUUGUUGGCAUUUUGGCAUCAUACCAUCCUCGAUUGCCCCGAAAAUGCAUUGAUUGUAGCAAACUGUCCAGAAAUCACAAGGAAUAUAGCAUUUAAUUAUAUAUUAGCCGAUCACGACGAUUCCGAAAUUGUGGCCUAUAAUCGCGCCAUGUUGCCAGCCUAUUAUGGUUUAUUGCGUUUAUGUUGUGAACGAAGCCGUAGUUUAACACGUCAGCUGGCCGCUCAUCAAAAUUUGCAAUGGGCCUUCAAGAAUAUUACGCCGCAUCCCACACAAUAUGCGGCCGCUGUGGAUGAACUUUUCAAAUUGAUGACCCUAUUUGCCACACGUCACAUGGAUGCCAGUGACCAGGAAAAACAUGAAGUCACCACAUUCCGUCGUACCACAUUGUCAGCUUAUUUAACGGGACUAGAUGCCCGGGUUUCAUGGGGCACAUUGAUUAAUGCUUUUCGAAUAUUAGUUGACAAUGAAGAAGAUCGUCUCCUGGUCAUAUAUAAUGGUGGCUUGGAGAUGUGUUUUGAGGCAUUGCACACACUACAUUCCAUGCAUCAUGAGGCCACUGCCUGUCAUGUCUCGGGUGACUUGCAGGAAUUGUUAAGCGAAAUGGUUUUACUUUUGAGCACACUGCGUUUGAGUACACGCCUCGACAGUAAUGCUAGCAAAAAACAACAGCAACAAUUGGAACAACAGGUGCAGCAGUUGCAACAACAGCAUCAGCAAUUGUUGCAAAAACAACAGGAACAAUUGAAACAACAACAGCAGCAACAGUCCCAACAACAGUCGCAACAGUCUCCACAGCAAACACAACAGCAGCAAAAAGAAAAACAGCUACAGCAACAAAUGCAGCAAAUACAGAUACAACAAAUGCAACAACAAUUGCAGCAACAACAUUUUUUGCGUCAACAUCAACAGCACACAGCUCUGUUGAAGGGUCUACCGGACGCCGUAAAACGAUUGGCUACAUUCUUAAAUACCUACAGCCCACCGGAAUUAUGCUGCCUGGCCUUGGAUGUACUUAAAGAGCUUGUGCGUAAUCCUAAUUUGGAUGUAACCAGUAUUUUAGCACCCAUUCUACUUAAUUGUCAUUUGUCGGCGGCCAGUGCACCCAAUGCAAUUGGUCCGUUGGGUCCAUACUUCCCGCGCCGAGGAGGAAAAACAACAUGGCCAACUAUGGCCAAAAAUAUGCCACGACCACCGAGACCGAUGGUGCAAAUGUGUAUACCACACAGUGAACUGUUGCAUCGCGGUGUAGACUUUGCCUAUGAUGCCCAGGUUGAGGCAUUCUACAGGCCAUAUCACGAUUUUCUGGAUGUAAUGAUGAGAAUGGCUGUAAAUACAAAUCAAUUGAAUGAUACACUGGUUAGAUUGAGCUGUUUGGCGGCCAUAGAAGCAGCUCCGUUGGGUUUUAAUUAUUUUCCCAAAUUUUGGGUUGGCAUUUAUAAUAAUAAGAGUACUAAUAAAUAUGCGGAACUGUUGCUUAAUACUCAAUAUUUGGUGGAAUAUAUACAUAUAAUACUGCGGGACUGUCGUGUCUCGUUGAGUGAUCAGUAUAUAAGAGGAUUUUUGGAAAUCUACUAUCCCAAGGUCUCCUCCCAGUUACCCAUUGCACGUCUUUUGUACUCCAUUAGUUAUUCCAUGCAUUCAAAAGAGGACUUGGAUGAUUUGUGCGGCGAUCUUUUUGCCAUAAGGGUUUUUGCCCAAUGCACUGGCAUACCGGCCUCAGUUCGCAAACAAUUAAGGGGAUCUCUUAAGGCUUUACUGUACAAAAGCGCCCGUUAUCAAAAAAUUGCAGAGGAUGAAUUAUUCCCCAACAAAAAGCUGAAAUUGGACACUGAUGAUAAAGACGAUAAGGAAUUGAGCAAAACUCCCAUUGCAAAGGAUGAUGUAGACCAGCUAAACAAUAAGGAACGAAACGAAAAAACCAACGCAAAUGAAAACAAAAAAGAUAAUAAUGAUGAUGAUGAAAAAACUGCCAACACAAAACAAAAAGAAGGUGAUUCUAAAAUGGAGGAAGAGGAGACAUUGAAGAGAUGCUUAAUGGAAGACAACGAUAUUGAGGAAGUGAAGAAGAAACCAAAAAUAUCUUCUGAAGAGACGGAAACAAAAUCUGACAGUAAAACUGAGGAAGAUCGAAACAAGGAGGCUAUUAAAUCACCUGUAAAGGAAAGUAAGGAAUCAACAAAGGCUUGUCUUCUGGAAACACCCUCAACAUCAGCGGCGGCUGCAGCUGCUGCUGCUGCCGCGGCUCUAAGUUCUGCUGCUUACGCUAGCAUAAAUUCUGAGAAAAACUCCACAAAGAAAACUGCCGAUGAACGUCUAAUGGAUGAACACGAAAAACGCAUUAAACUUUUGCUUACCAUGGAAACGUACAUCAAAAGUAUUUUGAUUUUAAUGCAAAAAGAGGAAAGUAACUCGCCAAAUACUGGUGCAAAUCAAAGUGUUCUGGACGAGACCAUGGAAAGUGAACAGAAUACAACACCGAUACCGGAGAGUAGUGAUGAAGGUGGUUGUGGUGGUAAUGGUGGCGGUAACAACAAUAACAAUUCACAAGGCAGUGCCUUUAAUUGUAAUUCCACAAAUAGCAGUAAUAAUAACAUCACAUCCACUUCGCCAGAAAACCAGAAGGACACAAAAAACAAAGAUGAGGAAAUGCCAAUAAACGAAGAUGAUGAUGAUGACGACGAGCAUGCGAAUCGAAAGAAGAAGGAACAAAAACAAAGAAAUGAACUCCAAUCCAAUGACAAUGAUAUUCAGAAACAACAACAACAGCAGACUGGCCAAGUGGCAACUGCAACCACCACAACUACAACGAGUACAGCGACACAUACACAUAAAGCGUCUAGUGAUGAUAUUAUUAAUGCAAACACGGCCUCAACGUCCACGGCUGCUAGUUCGCCGCAAAUUUAGUUAUCGUUCAAUGAUUUGUUAAAUAUUUUGUUUUUUGGCAAAAUGCUAGAUUAGCAGUGCUAAGCACUUUGACUAAUUUACUUUAACCUUUUGAUAAUUAUUUUUAAAUUUAGGUUGUUUAUUUUCUCUUCCCCCACUCUCUCUCUCUCUCUCUCUCUCGCUGCUGAAAGUAGGCAUUAUUUGCAAACAUAUUUUCUCCAACUCAACUAUCAUGCUUUUUUAAUUUUAAUUUAAAUUAAGCUUUAAGCUAAUAUCUUUUUUAAACAACAACAAAAAACUAUUUUUUAUCCUAAAAUUGUUAAUAAUUAUAAUUUUUAAUAAUUUCUAUUUUUCCUAUUUUCUCCAACUAUUUUUAGCUUAUUUUAAGUUUCACAGAACUUCAUUAUAUCCCAAAGUCUUUUUUUUACUUCUUUCUUUUUUGUAUGUCACCCAUCACAAUAUACCAGGUGGACAAAUAUUUAUGUAAAGUAUAAGAAGAAAAAAGAUCAUGUUUUUUGUAAACACAAUAUUUGCUUUUAAGAAGGUAUUAAUUUAUAAUUUUCUUUUUAUAUAAAUUCAUUGCCGAUAAGCAUUCACAAUGCAUUGCAUAAUCUGGUAAAAAGAGAAACACAUUGUAGUUUUUUGUACACUAUUUGCAAUUGAGAAAAUAUUGCAAAAUUUCAAUUAAUUAAAAUUUAAAAAAAAAAGAAUUUCAUAAAUAUGGAAUAAUAAUUGAAGACAUAAACAUUUUUUCUUUUGGCUAAAGAAAACGAGAGGUGUAUGGCAAUACGAUUUGGUUAUCAAUUAAGAACGCAAUUUAGGCAAUUCAAGCUGCAUUAAAAGCAACAAUAAUGUCAGUUCCCCAGUAACAUCAAAAAAUACAGCUGUGUUAAAGGGUCUACUCAUGGUCAUAUUUUAAAACAUUGGACAUACUUAUGGAGUUUUAACGUAAUCUCUAUAAAAUAACAAGACCAUAGAGAUAAAAAUGGCGGAGCACUGUCAUGAGUGGAAGGAUUAUGGCUUUGAUUGCAUCCUCGUCGUUCUUUCGCUGAAUUCGCCCUUCAAACACAUUAACUUUGUUUUUGGUAGGACACCCCUGAGAUCCACUCAUCCGAUUACAAUUUAUUUUAUUUUUAUUAUAAAACACAAGAAAAUAUAAAACACCAAUGUGAAUUCACCGGUUACAGGAUAUGCAAUCGAACACAAUGAAAAACAUCGAACACAUUUCUGUUCCGAGAAACUCUUUCCAGGAAACCUUUACCAACUUCUUUUUUUUUCUUUCCCCUUAAAAAUUGAGAAUAUAAUUUUUGAAAAAAAAAAAAAAAAACAGAAUGUCAAUGCAAAAAACACCAAGUUUCAAAUAGAUUUCUUCAUCCGAUCCAUUAUGUUCACCCUGGAUACAUAUGAAUGUCUUUAGAUAGAGUUGUGAAGAAAACUCCCAAUAAAAGAUGUUCAUACCAGGAUAUGUUUGAGAAGACAAAUUACAAUGAAAUCUAUACCCAAACCAUAGACAAAUGAAAAUAUAGACAACGAAACGCUCUCACCGUUUAUCUUCGAAAAAAAUCGAAUCAGCAGAUGUCGUCUAUAUCGUUUUAGGGGUUUGAGUGGGAAUAUUGAAGUCACUCAAUUCUAAAACGUUAAAAAUAACAAAAACUGUAGGAUAUUUGUCAGUUGAAAAUUAUUUCAUAAUAAAAGAAAUGUGAAAAGUACGUGAUGACAUCGAAAAAUUUGGGAAUAUUCCAGUGAAAUUCUUGAAAAACGAUAAAAUGUGUUUUCGAAGUCGAGUGGCUUGAACGCGUAAAUCAGCAUGUUGACUAUGCAAAACAUGAUGAGAGCCACCUGGAAAAAAAGCAAAACUAACUUUUCGUUGUCUAUAUCUUCAUUUGUCUAUGCCCAAACUACGUGCAUUUCCACCUAUCGACGCUCACUCUCUUGUGCGAUUAUACAAGACAUCAAAGACAUCUCUUCUUCAUUCCCACAUUGUCCAGGGGCUCAGAAUUGUCCAGGAUUAUGAAAAAAUGCCAAGAAAAGAGGAUCAUACGAGGAUUUCUUUGCGAAGGCUAAUGCCAAUGGAAUAUAUUUCCCAUCUACGGUUGAUUUCUACCUACCGAAAAGUGAGUGUCUCUCAUGCGGUAAUACACGACAUUAAUACUAGAAAUGCCAAGAUAAGAGGAUCUUCUUAAAAAAAUGAAAUAAAUUGGAUACGUUUGAGAAGACAAAUGACAAUGGCAAAUAUUUCCCACCUGUCUGUAAUGUGAUAAUAUGGGACGAAUAAGCCUUAUCGAGAGAUCACUGGCCAGAUUACCUUGUUUAAUUCACUGUUGAUUCCAAACCUCAGCCAUUGCCAACUUGAAAUAAUGAAAUAAUGGAGCCUGUGUGUGGACGCAAUAUCACUAGCCCCCUAAUAAAUGGAUAAAUGCAGAGUAGAAAUUCAAUUGUAAUAUACAAAUAUGACCUCAUAUUAAAAUGAGUAUUCUCGCGAGAUCAUUUAGUAGCCGCCUAUUUCCUGUGGUAACCAAAAACCAAACAAGCUGAACGAAAUCUUAUAUUUCAAAAAGUGUUAUUUUGUACACUUGAAGUCUCCCAAGUUUAUGGGAUUGGAAUGGAAUUAUAUACUACUGACAUCUAGACAGAAUUUUUGACCUGAAAAAUGAUGCCGUCAUGGUUAAGCUAAAAUUAAUUAUUGAUCUUUGUAUUAGCUUAGAUCUAUUUGUAUAUAUAGCCAGAUCUUUUCGGAUGAGAAUUUCAACAAUAGCUCACCAAUCACUGCUUGGUAUAAAUUCAAUAUGGAAUUAUAAUUGAAAUAUAAAUAUAUACCAAAAUAAGACAAUGUCCAAAAUCAUCAAGCCGUUUGAACACCACUCAGCCCCAAUGCACUCACUACUCGCUGCCUGAAAUUGGCCUAAAAGCUGGAUGUCGUUAGGGACCUGGGGCAAGCAUUUCGCAUUCGAUAUCGACUAAAUUUACGAUCGAAUUAAGUUUUGUGUAUACGAUAGAAUCAAUCCCUCUCUCGCCAGACCUUUUUCACUUGUAUUUGUAAUUCGAAUUAUUUCAGUUAUAAUUCAAGAAUUCUAAUUGUAAUUCGAAUUAUUUCAGUUGUUACUCGAUUAUUUCAAUUGUAAUUCUAAUGAUUCUAUUUGUAUUUCGAAUCAUUCCAUUUGUAAGUCAAAUUAUUUCAAUUGUUUUUUUUUUUAUUAUAAAAUGGAACAAAUGGGAUAAUUUGAAUUACUAUUGGAAUAAUUCAAAUUACAAUUGAAAUAAUUCAAAUUACAAUUGCAACCAUUCGAAUUACAAUUGAAAUUCUCGAAUGGUUCUCUUGACGUGAAAAUUGUGAAAAUUAAAAAAAUGAUCUGUAAGAGAUUAAAAAUUAAAAAAUAAUUUUUCAUCAUCAAUUAAUUAUGCAUUUAAUAAAAGAAUUUUUUUAAUUCAUUUUAAUCAAGUUCAAAAACAUAAAUUUUUUAUGAAGCCCUCAAAAUUGUAUUGUAUAUAUGAAAUAGGUCCCGUAGGUUUGUCCAUCUUCCAUUUCCCCCCAUUGACAAUGAAAUGUUAUUAAUAUUCAUACAUAAUUUCUUAUUUUCUUAUCAAACCUAAAUAACGCUGUGUUUUUAUUUGUGUUUAAGUUCUAUGGUUUUACUCAUAUUUCUUCCUAUGUAAGUUAAAGAAUUUCUGGCCUAAGGUCAUGAUUAUUAAAAAAAAAUGAAAUGAAAAAUGAACAAAAACAACCAAACGAUGUUGAGAAAAUAUUAUUUACUUACAAAAUUAUAAUUAUGAGGUAUUGUGUGUGUAAAAAAAAAAACAAAAAGAAAAAAAUCACAUACAAAAUGUAAAAUAAAAAACUAACAAUACUGUGUUUUCUUUAUAUAUUUAUCUCUACUUAUAAAUUAAUAUUAUAUAAAUAAAAAUUAUGAAAUAUAAUUCAAAAAGAGAAUAACCCAAGGUUGUUCUUUUGGAAACAAAGAAAAUGAAAAAAACAAACACACACAUACAUUACACUUUUAAAAUAAAAACAAAAAAGUCUAAUAAAUAUGCAAAAAAAAAAAAACAGAAAUUAUUAAUCUAUAUUUAUAUUGCAUUGUUUCUUAAUGAUGAAUCUUAAAAUUAAGUUUAAUGAAAAUCAUUUUAUUUAUAUCAAUAUAUGGAUAAUUGCAAAGAAGUAAAUAAGAUUUUAUAACUAACGCAAAAAAAAAACACAAAUAU